GGCGCUGUGGUGCAGUUUCAAUGGCAAACGGGUUAAACGAUGGUUCCACAUGGACGACACAACUUGGUAAAAUAGAAUUGUGAAACAGUAUGUGUACGUAACCUUUUUAUUUAAACUAAGUUAUUUGUAACUAUGUGAGCUUACCCAAGUCAUGACUAACAGGAAGAAGCAAAAGGGUGCGGACACGGCGGUGCAGGGCACUAAUGACAGCAGUGUGCUGAGUAAAGUAUCUGCUGCAGCUCAAGGCUACUUCCACGAUCCCUUCCUUCAGCAUUUUGUGUGCAAAGUGGCGAGAAGAGCUCCACUCAUCAACAGGGGCUACUAUGUGCGCUGGAGAGCCGUGGACCACUGUGUGCAGACCUUCCUGCAGGUCACGCAACAUUGUGCCAAGAGACAGAUUUUGUCUCUGGGCGCCGGAUUCGACUCGUUGUAUUUUCGGCAGUGUGCCAACGCCACAGCGCUUGAAAGGGCCGUUGUGUUCGAGGUGGAUUUCCCCGACGUCACCCGGCGUAAAGCAGCUCUGAUCAGAUCCAACCAGGCUCUGGCAGCAAUGUUAGACCCGCAGUAUGAACAUUCUCCUACAGGGCCUGUGUAUGUGUCUAGUAGUCAGUACUUCCUGUUAGGGGUGGAUGUGCGACAUGCCUCCCUUGUUGAAGAUGCUUUGACGAUGGUGGGACUGGAUCAGGCUACCCCCACGCUCAUUCUUUCCGAAGUGGUCCUCACCUACAUGGAAACACAGCAGUCUGAUGAUAUCAUUGCUUGGGCAGCGAGACUACUGCCCCACUCCCUCUUUGUGAUGUACGAGCAGAUCCAUCCUCAAGAUCCGUUUGGUCGCAUCAUGCAGGAACAUUUCGUCAAACUUAAUUCCACUCUGCAUGCGCUUAGAGAAUACCCGGACACUGAUGCACAAAGGCAAAGGUUCCUGGACAAGGGAUGGGAGCAGUGUGUGUGCGUGGACAUGAAUGACUUCUUCAUCAGGUUGAUCCCAGAUGAUGAGAGACUCCGAGUGGAGAGACUGGAGCCUUUUGACGAGUAUGAGGAGUGGCACCAGAAAUGUUCUCACUACUUCAUCCUCACAGCAUCUCGAGGUUCUCUCACAGCGCAGUCCUUGCUCACCCAUCCUCCAGUGCCCCUAAAAAGCCCAUCUUGGAGCCCAAUUUACCUCUCAGUGAAGACACUGACAGCCUGUGUGGAGGGUCUCGGCUCGGCGUCCACCUGUCUCGAUGACGGACACAUCCUCCUCACUGGAGGCUCAUGCCGAAGUGGCAGAGGCGCUCCAAGUCGACUCUUGCUCAAAGGCCCUGAAAGCUGGACUGAAAGUGUCACUGUAAAACCCUCGGCACAUUUGGGUGUUCGCUUGUACCAUACCGUUACCUCCACUCCCGGGGGAGGUGCUGUCAUAUACGGCGGCCGAUCCUCUCCUCUCAGCCCAAUCGGAGGCCUUGUCAAAGUCACCCAUCAUGGUGGAUCACUUCAUGAGGAGCAGAUGGUCUGCACAGGGGAUCAUCCGCCACUUCGGUGGAGACAUACUGCUACUCUGCUCUCUCAUAAUGGAAAAAAAAUUCUCUUUGUCUUUGGUGGGAAAAAUGAGUGUGAAGCUGUUUUGGGUGGUGGCUACUUUCUGGAUGUUGAUCAGCAGCACUGGAUGGAGUUGCCAGUAGAGGGCACAGCACCGGAUGAUCGCCAUUCCCAUUCGGCGUGUCCCUACCAGGGAGGGGUGCUGGUCUUCGGGGGACUGGGAAGAAGAGGACAGCCUCUGGGGGACACAGUUGUGCUGAAACCCAAUGAGAGAGGCUUUUGCUGGGAGAUGAUAGACGUACAGCCCCCUCCUUGUCCCAGGUAUUCACAUUCUGCACACGUGAUCGGCAAACACCUGCUUGUGGUGGGAGGAGUUUGGCUGUAUCCUGACGACGUGCCAGCAGUGUCCAUGAUUAACCUCGACACACGCUGCAGUGUGGACUUCCGUCUCAAUACGAGCUCAGUGCCCUGGCCCCUGAUGUUGCACUCCUUCUGCUCGGAGCUGACAGACCAAAAGAAAGUAGAACUGCUGCUCAUUGGUGGAGGAGGAAACUGUUUUUCCUUUGGGACACAUUUUAACCCUCAACUGGUCACUGUGGACCUUCAGCCUGCUUUAAGGUAGCUCACACUUGAGUAG